AUGGCUGAGAAUGCCGAGGAUGACGUUAACUUGCUUAGUACCAAGCAGCUCUCCACUCUGCUGCAAGAGCUGUGGGAGCUGCGCGAGCGCGGCUCCUUCUGCGACGUCGUCGUCGAGGUGCAGAGCCGCCGCUACCUGGCGCACAAGGCGGUGCUGAGCAGCACCAGCGGCUACUUCCGCAGCCUCUUCCUGGGCGCGCCCUGCAGCAGCAUGGGGCCCUUCGUGGUGGACUUUGUCUCCAUGGGAACGUUCGAGCAGGUGCUGGGCUACGUGUACCGCGGCGACGUGACGGUGAGCCGCGCCGACGUGCGCCCGCUGCGCCGCGCCGCCCGGAAGCUGGAGCUGCGCUGCCUGGUGGAGGCGUGCGAGCCGUACGUCGGCUGCGAGAACGGCGAGUCCAACGGGCGCGACGACGACGACCCGUUCGACAUCGGGAACGACUUCUCGGCCGUCGCCGCCGCCGCAGCCGCCGUCGCCCCUGCCGCGGACUGCGACGGCUGGAACGGAGAGAGAGAAGAUCGCGCGGACAAGGAGCGCGACGCGGGCGACGCCGGCGGCCUGGGGGACGACGCCGGCGGCCUGGGCGACGACUACGCCGGUCGCGGCGCCUCUCCCGCACAUUGCAUCAAGAGCGAACCCCAGUGCGAACCGCCGGCCGAGGGGCUCGCGUGGCCCGUGAAGGCCGAGGAGCUCGGCGGCCGAGCCGACUGCCUCUACGCGGACGCCGGCGGCGAAGGCCUCGACGGCGGCGACGACGGCGACUACGACGGCGACGGCCGCUGGCGCCGCGUCCCGCCGCAGGGGCCGGCGUUCGGCCUCGAGCCGGAGCCGGCGGCGAUGGCGCUGUCGUCGGCGAGCGUCUCGCUGGAGAAGCGCUACCGGCACGCGGCGGGGGGCGCGCCCGAGCGGGUGCAGUGCGGCGCGUGCGGGGAGCCGAUGGACGCCAGCGUGUCGCUGCUGCGCGAGCACUCGUGCACGCACCUGGACCUGGAGCGCCUCGAGUGCCGCCUGUGCGGGGCCCGCUUCGCCUACGUCAGCGAGGCGGUGGAGCACGCGCUGGCUCACACGGGCGUGCCGGUGAUGGCGUGCGCGCACUGCGGCCGCCGCUUCGUGUCGGAGAGGCUCAUGGGCGUCCACGCCUCCGGGCGCUGCCGCAAGAACCGCGGCUCGCGGGGCGGGGGCGGGGGCGGCGGCCGCUCGGCCCCGCCGCGCCACCCGGCGUCGGCGGCGUCGGCGGGGCCGCGCGCCGACUGCGCCGAGCGGCUGCCGUGCAAGGUGUGCGCCGAGCCGCUGGCCCAGAGCAUGUCGGCGCUGCGCGAGCACGGACGCCUGCACGUGGACGCGGAGCGGCACGCGUGCAGGGUGUGCGGCCUGCAGAUGACGUCGAGCGGCAACCUCGUCAAGCACUCGCUGCUGCACAUCGGCAUCCUGCUGUUCUGCUGCGACUCGUGCAGCAAGAAAUUCCUCUUCAAGAACCAGCUGGAGAGGCACCACAAGAUCCGGUGCUGCGGCGGAGCCAUGGGGGGGGGGUAUGGCGGCGGCGGCGCCGCGGUUGGCGAGUGA